AAUAAACAGAGCUAGAUAGAAUCGAUCGUCGCAACAACACGCCUUGACGAUAUCUCGAAUAUUGUGAUGUCUUUUAGAUAACUUGCAGCUCCACAAACAUGACAGACUACGCUGAAGAGCAGAGGAAUGAAUUAGAAGCAAUAGAGUCAAUAUACCCGGACUCUUAUACAGUGUUUUCAGAGGAUCCUAUCAGCUUCACUAUCACUGUAACAUCAGACGCGGACGAAAAUGGUGACACUGUGGAAGCAACUUUAAAGUUCACCUAUGUGGAAAAAUACCCUGAUGAGCCACCUCUGUGGGAGGUCCACUCCCAGGAGAACCUGGAGAACAACGAUGUAGAGGACAUCCUCACUUUACUGCAACAACAGGCAGAGGAAAACCUGGGAAUGGUGAUGAUUUUCACCCUGGUGACGGCUGUGCAGGAGAAACUAAAUGAAAUUGUGGACAUGAUGAAGAACAGAAGGGAGGAGGAGAAACUGCGUAUAGAGCGCGAGGAAGAGGAAGCAGAGAAGGUGGCGUUCCAGGGCACAGUAGUAACGAUUGAGAACUUCCUGGCAUGGAAAGCUACGUUUGACCUGGACAUGGCUGAGUUGCGGAAGAAAAGGCAGAAAGAAGAAGAGCAGACAGGCAAAGCAAAACUUACCGGGAAGCAGCUGUUUGAAACUGACCACAACCUGGACACAUCAGACAUCCAGUUUCUUGAAGACGCUGGAAACAAUGUUGAGGUGGAUGAAUCGUUGUUCCAAGACAUCGAGGACUUGGAUUUGGAGGAAGAUGACCCUGACUUUGACCCUCUAGACAUGGACAGUGACGAGGACUGACAAAAAGCACUCAAACUCGUGUCUGGAGUACGAUCUUGGCACAUCAACAAGAUCCAAAGCAGCAUUUCUGUUUACUUUUAAGGACAUGAGCGGCUGUUGAAGACAGAAUUUUUGUGAAUAAUUUUUUUUUUUUAAUUCAUUAAAUACAUAUUCAAUUUG